UUUCCCUCGACCUAUAUUUUCCCUCUGAAGACAAAGAGAGCUAAGGAUUAAUGGACUUGCCUCAAAAGCAAGUGGAGGAUGAUGCUAAGGGAAGUAAUUCUGAACAUGCUGAAGUAAAUGCAACUGAAGAAAUAAUGGAUGUCGAUCAGAGUGAAGAGGGGACAAAGACUGAAGAAAAUAAGAAUCAGAAGGAAAAAGAGGAUGGCAAGAGUCAUGCAAGAACUUUCAUACUGAAGAUAAACAUUGUCAACAAGGUGUUAGAGGGAGGAGACAAUUUAAUCACAACCAGUGGUGCUCAACAGACUGGUAAAAGACUUCAUAAAUGUGAUAUUUGUGCUAAAGAAUUUAGUCAAAGUAGUAGCUUAAACCGACAUGUGAGAGAACAUACUGGAGAUAAACCCCACAAAUGUGAUGUUUGUGCUAUUGAAUUUGUUCGCAAGAGUUCCCUAAAGACACACAUGAGUACACAUACAGGAGAUAAACCUCAUGCCUGUGAUAUUUGUGGUAAACCGUUUAGUCAUCUAAGUAAUUUACAGAGACACGUCAAAAUACAUUCAGGUGAUAAAUCUCAUGGUUGCGGUGUAUGUGGUAGAAGUUUUAGUCAGCAUGCUAAUUUACAGAGACACAUGAUAACUCACGCCGAUACUGAAACUCAUGACUGUGACGUAUGUGAUAAACGGUUUAAGCGGCAUAGCAGUUUAGAGAGACACAUGAGAAUACAUACAGGCGAUAAAAAUCUUCACUGUGAUUUAUGUGGUAAAGGGUUCAGUCGACUUGAGUAUUUACAGUUACACAUGAGUUCACAUACAGGUUCUAAAUCACAUGAUUGUCAUGUGUGUGGGAAAGGGUUUCGUCAUCUUAGUAGUUUAACGAGACAUAUGAGAACACACACACUGAUAAUAAACCCUACGAAUGAGAUGUAUGUGGUUUAAUCUGUUAAGUGACUUAAGGUUCACACGAGAACACACACUGCUGAUAAAUUUUAUGAGUGUGAUGUAUAUGGUUAAAAUUUCAAUCGGUUUAGUGACUUAAAGGUUCACACAGGAGAACACACUGAUGUUAAUUUUAUGAUUGUGAUGUAAAGGAUUAAAGUUUUAAUCAGUUCAGUGACUUAAAGGUUUACAUAAGAACACAUAAUGUUGAUAAACUUUAUGAGAGUGAUAUAUGUGGUUAAAGUUUCAAUCGGUUUAGUGACUUAACAUGCUUAAAGGUUCACACAAGAGAUCACACACUGUUGAUAAACUUCAUGAGAGUGAUGUAAGUGGUUAAGUUUCAAUCAGUUUAGUGACUUAAAGGUUCACACAAUUAAGAGAACACACACUAAUAAUAGACUUUAUGAGAGUGAUAUAUGUGGUUAAAGUUUCAUUCUGUUUAGUGACUUAAAGGUUCACACAAGAGAACACACACUGUUGAUAAACUUUAUGAGAGUGAUGUAAGUGGCUAAAGUUUCAAUCGGUUUAGUGACUUAAAGGUUCACAUGAGAGCACACACUGAAUAUAACCUUAUGAUUGUGAUGUUUGUGGUUUAAUCUGUUUAUUAAAGGUUCACAUGAGAGCACACACUGAUGAUAACCUUAUGAUUGUAAUGUAUAGGGUUUAAUCUGUUUAUUAAAGGUUCACAAGAGAACACACACUGUUGAUAAACUUAUGAAUGUGAUGUAUGUGUUUAAUCAGUUUAGUGACUUAAGGGCUCACAUGAGAGCACACACUGAUGAUAACCUUAUGAUUGUGAUGUAUAUGGUUUAAUCUGUUUAUUAAAGGUUGACAUGAGAAUACACACUGACCUUAUGAAUGUGAUGUAUGUGGUUUAAGUUUCAAUCGGUUUAGUGACUUAAAGGUUCACACAAGAACACACACUGAUGAUAAACUUUAUGAUUGUGAUGUAUAUGAUGUAUGUGGUUUGAUUUUUUUAUUAAAGGUUUACACGAGAA